UUUCAUUACAGAAGUCAAAGGAGUGCGCUUAAUUUAGAAUGGUUCAGAAGCUACCUGCUCUCUUGGCCAUACAGAAUAAAUGAAGGAGCAGGGGGAGGAGAAAAGAAGGAGGGGAGUACCUGAAAGACAAAACAAAACACAACACGACGUUCUCUGGGCUCUGAGUCAAGAGGAGAGGGUGCAUUUUUUUUCUUUGUAGAAGGCACUUCAGUUGGAUCUGGAAUGGGCUUUGCAUCCUCCUUAGUUUCCCCACAUAAAGGAGAAGCCUUAUUCUGUGAAGCUUGGCAUCAGGUUUGAGAGAAGUGACUGCUUAUUUCCCCCUACAGUUCCACUUCAGAUUAUGGCCAAACUGAAACUGCCGAAGAGUCUUACCUGGAUUUCACUCAGUCUACCCCAUACCUGCCUUUGACCCACAGGAUAAAAGAAGGUCUGAAAACACCAGCACUGGGAACUUGCUGACAUGACAGCUCACUGCUGGGGAUGACCUCUGAGGCUGGCCUCAGGAGGGGAGCUACCUGUGGCAAAGGUGCAUGCAGUGGCUUCCUGGGAGAUCAUAGGAGCCCCGUGCAGGGCUGCAUACUGAAGCAGACAGGGACAUAGGUGGGAGGCUGAAGCUCGCACCAUGGCUUCUCCUCUCUUUGUGCCUCCUAAUGCUUGGAAAUGGUUACUGUUGCUGCUGAUGCUGCUGGUGGUCUUCAAGUUUCCUGGUGCUGCCUGUGAUGUGAAUGUAUCUAGCAACUCCACUUCUCACUCUGAACCUAAAGCUCGCUUUGCUGCUGCUGCUGCCACUGCUAGCUCUGAGCAGGAUGAGAGGCUGCCUGUUUUUUCUCUGGAUUAUGAUUAUGUGCAAAUUCCCUAUGAAGUGACCCUUUGGAUACUUCUUGCAUCUCUUGCAAAAAUAGGUUUUCAUCUCUAUCACAAGCUUCCAGGUCUUAUGCCAGAGAGUUGCCUUCUGAUCAUUGUUGGUGCUCUUGUGGGGGGUAUCAUCUUUGGCACCGAUCACAAAUCUCCACCUGUAAUGGAUUCAAGCAUCUAUUUCCUGUACCUCCUUCCACCCAUCGUCCUUGAAGGGGGCUACUUCAUGCCCACCCGGCCCUUUUUUGAGAACAUCGGCUCCAUCCUAUGGUGGUCAGGGAUGGGGGCCCUUUUGAAUGCCUUUGGCAUUGGCCUCUCCCUCUACCUGAUAUGCCAGGUCAAGGCUUUUGGCCUCAGUGAUGUCAACUUGCUUCAGAAUCUGCUCUUUGGGAGCAUGAUCUCUGCCGUGGACCCCGUGGCAGUGCUGGCAGUAUUUGAGGAGGCUCAUGUGAAUGAACAGCUAUACAUGAUGAUCUUUGGGGAGGCCCUGCUCAAUGAUGGGAUAAGUGUGGUUUUAUACAAUAUAUUAAUCGCCUUCACGAAGAUGCAUAAAUUUGAAGACAUAGAACCCAUUGACAUUUUGGCUGGAUUUGCUCGGUUUAUUGUGGUAGGGGUUGGGGGGGUGUUCUUUGGCAUCAUCUUCGGCUUCAUUUCUGCCUUUAUCACACGUUUCACACAGAAUAUUUCUGCAAUUGAACCACUGAUCGUCUUCAUGUUCAGCUAUUUGUCUUAUUUAGCUGCUGAAACACUCUACCUCUCUGGCAUCCUGGCGAUCACAGCCUGUGCUGUGACAAUGAAAAAGUAUGUGGAAGAAAAUGUGUCACAGACCUCCUACACCACCAUCAAGUACUUCAUGAAGAUGCUGAGCAGUGUUAGUGAGACCCUGAUCUUCAUCUUCAUGGGAGUGUCAACAGUGGGAAAAGACCACGAGUGGAACUGGGCCUUCGUCUGCUUCACCCUGAUCUUCUGCCAGAUUUGGCGAGCGAUAAGUGUAUUUGCUCUCUUCUACGUCAGUAACCAGUUUCGGACUUUUCCUUUCACCAUCAAGGACCAGUGUAUUAUCUUCUACAGUGGACUCAGAGGAGCCGGGAGUUUUUCUCUUGCAUUUUUGCUGCCCUUGUCUCUGUUUCCUAGGAAGAAAAUGUUUGUGACAGCUACUCUUGUUAUUAUAUAUUUUACUGUAUUCAUUCAGGGAAUCACCAUUGGCCCAUUGGUCAGAUACCUAGAUGUGAAAAAGACGAACAAAAAGGAAUCCAUCAAUGAAGAGCUUCAUACCCGUCUGAUGGACCAUUUGAAGGCUGGAAUUGAAGAUGUGUGUGGACAGUGGAGCCACUACCAAGUGAGAGACAAGUUUAAAAAGUUUGACCAUAAAUACUUACGGAAAAUCUUGAUCAGAGAGAACCAACCCAAAUCAAGUAUUGUCUCUUUGUAUAAGAAGCUGGAAAUGAAACAAGCUAUUGAGAUGGUGGAGACUGGGAUUCUAAGUACCACAGCUUUUAUGAUUCCCUUCCAGGCACAGAGAAUUCAAGGAACCAAACGGCUUUCCCCUGAGGAUGUGGAAUCCAUGCGGGACAUUCUGACACACAACAUGUACCAAGUUCGACAAAGGACUCUGUCCUACAAUAAGUAUAACCUAAGAACAGAAACAAGUGAGAAACAAGCAAAGGAAAUUCUAAUCCGACGCCAGCAUACCUUCAGGGAAAGUCUGAAGAAAGGCAAUAGCCUGCCAUGGGGAAAACAGAGUGGCAUCAAAAAUAUCCGCUACCUCUCCUUCCCUUAUAGCAACUCUCAUUCCGCAAACAGAGAAACAGGGACUGGUGUUUUUACAGAUGAUGACAGCAGUGAUUCAGUCUUCCCUUCUGUUACAUUUAAACCACAUACUCGAACAGGGUCACUUCAAGAAAGAAGACAGCAUCCAGAGAUGAUUCCAAUGGAAAGGUUGCGUAGAGGGGGGAGAUCUUUAAAUUUGGGUGGUCAAAGAAGUACUGCCCGAGGAAACCAAAUAAGCAGAGUAAGGCCACCUUUGAUACCAAAGCCACGGUUUCAUGCAGUGGAUGAAGAGUAUGAGUCAGGAGAAGAAGAAGAGGAAGGGGCAAGGGUAGUGGGGCCUAGAUGGACAGCAGAACCCAGAAAUGGAAAAGAAUACCAUAAAUCCCAUAGUCCUCUGCUCCCAAGAAAAUAACAUUAUUCUCCAUAAUACUUUGCCUUCAUCUCCAGCAAGUUAUUCUUCUGCAUUUUACUUGGAACUUUGAAAGAGAAGUUUUCAGAGUUUUGAGGAGGACAAUUAUGUUGGGUUUGCUUUCCCAAGCUAAGGAAAAGAUUAGAUAGGUAUCUAUGAAGGCAGAAGAAAAACCAUCUGCAGAAAAAUCCACAGAGUCAUGUUUUGGAACUCUUUUAACUAAGCAAGUUAAACCACAUUUUUGGCUGACACAGUUUGUGGGAGAACUACUAAUGAAUGAUGAAAGAUAAUUGUUCUGAAGGCAAUUAACUACUAAGAAUUGUCAUGAAGUGGUAUAGCAUGAGACUCCAAUCCAUGCUAGAUAAUUCAGGUACAAGGAUAAUCAGUGAUGUGUGCUGUACCAUAUGAAUGUGGAGCUUUUAACUGUGUGCUCUGGUGUAUUUUCCACUUGAACGUUCAUUAUACAGUCUGCUAUUUCUGGGAUAGAUAAAUCCAUAGAAUCAAAAAUCAAAAGAGCUGUAAUUAAUUUGUAGCAUUUACUUAAUACUAAUAACAGGUAAUAAAUACAUAGACCAUAGGAUUAGUCUCUGUGAAGCGAAUUUGUAAUAUACAGUGUGACCAAAACUUUAUGUUACAAACCUCAAAAAGAAACAGAAGUUUCCAUAUCAUUAUCAUUCCAGCUGAAUGUCUGAAUAUCAAAGCAAGAAUACUGACUAAGUGUUGUCUUUGUGGGGUAUACUCAGCUAGGCAUUGGGAAGACAUAAGAUCAUCUAGUCCAUCAAUUGUAUUUUACAGAUGAGGAAUUUGAGGCCUGGAGAAGUGAAGAUAUUUGUCUAAGAUCAAAUGACUAGUUAGUCACAGAACCAAAACUAAAGUGUAGAUGUCCUAAACUCCUGUCCAGUGCUCUUAAAAGCAGUCUCUGUCCCCAAGGAACUGAUAAUUUGAUAUAGGACAUCGAUGUCAGUCAUCAUUUAAUCAGUGGAUAAUGAAAUAUGAUUUUGUUGCCCCACUAUUAAUUUUUAUUUAGCCUUACAUAAAGCAUCCAACUCAGGGCAAUGUGGUACAGCUCAUCAUUAAAAAUAUUUUCAAAAGCCAUUAGUCAUGUCUCUAAUACUGGUUCUGAAAAGUAAUGCUUUAUUGAAAAAUCUCUAUAAAACUUUACUUGAUUUUUAUAAAUACUAAAUAAUAAUAAUCUCUUUGUAUGUUUUGAGUGGCACAUUGAGUCCAGAGUUCUCAAGCUCUUUCUUACAAAGUUGAACUUUGGGGGAGCUAGGUGGCACAGGGGAUAAAGCACCGGCCCUGGAUUCAGGAGGACCUGAGUUCAAAUCUGGCCUCAGACACUUGACACUUACUACCUGUGUGACCCUGGGCAAGUCACCUAACCCUCAUUACCCUGCAAAAAAAUGAAAAAAAAGAAGUUUGAACUUUAUAGUACCAUAACAGGAAAGUAGUAAAAUGUUAUCAGAUUAUAGCCUAAUGUAGAGAGAAGGUAUCAAAAAUUAGCUGUCCAAUAUCACAUAGAAACUUGGUGGGACAAAUUAAUGAGAGCAUGAAUUGUCUCACUUAUUUAUAAAUUUCUUUUACUCUACCAAAAUAACACAGAAAGCCAAUCUUCAAAUGUGUAUAUGUAUUAAUUGGCACAAAAUAGUAGACAGGGAUUAACUCAGAGGGAAUCAAUAUGGUUAGCAUUUAUAUAGUACUUCAAGUUCUCAAAGAAUUUUAUGAAUAUGAUCUCAUGUGAUCGUCACAACAACCCUGAAAGGUAGGUGCUAUUAUCUUCCUCACUUUCCAAGUGAGGAAACUCAGGCAGGUAGGGGUCAAGUGACUUGCUGAGGUUCACACAGCUAAAAAAUAUCUGAGGUUGGAUUUGAAUGCAUGUCUUUCUCACCCCUGGUUCAGUGAUACAGCCAUUGUGGUAAACUUUUACUCUUAAAUAUUAGUAUAGUUUUUUAGGUAGUUUCAAGAAACAACUGGAAAUUUUAUCUCAGCAAGGUAGGGUAUACAACGGAACUGAGAUCCUUAUCAUUUUUAGACAUUUGCUGUAGUGGCAUUUGGCCAUCUAGAAAAGCAAUGUCAGCCCUGACAAGUCUAAGAAAUCUGAUGAAUAAGGGAUAAAGGUACCUCUUAACAGAGCAGUUUUUACCAUUAGCUGCUGAUUGAAGGAAGCACAAGAAAUAAAGGGGGGCCCUUUAGAGACACUGAUUGCUGCAGUUGACUUGAGGAGUUCACAGAGGAAAAAAAUGGCACCCAUUCAAAUCAAAAUUAAAAAAUGAUAAAAGCCUCUUUGUUUAAUCAUCCAAUAUUGUCUCAGCCUACAGUGCAAUCACCAUUUCAUGCUUUCCUUGUUGGCAGUGCAGGCUGGGGAUUGGUCCAGUGUGUAAUGGGCACUCCUGUAAUUUCCCUCAGUAUCAGUUUUACAGAAUGUGCUUUUCCAACAGGCAUCAAGAGCCCAUCCCUCAAUUCUGAAUCUGCAGUGUCAACAGCAUGGUUUCCCUCUUGGCUAGAUAAUAUGGGAUGUACUCUUUUUCUCUUCCUUUCCUCAGGGAAGUAAACAAAAGACCAGAAGUAUUCUUAUGCCACUCUAGUUUGUCUUUGCCAGUGACACCAAGAGGCCUAUUGUGGGAGAGUGGGUUGACUUUUUGCUGUCAAAUUCAAAGGGCUAGCAAGAGCCAUAAUUUCACUUAGUAGCUUUACCAUGUGUGAAUUUAUCUAAAGUUCUUCCUUCCUUCCUUCCUUCCUUCCUUCCUUCCUUCCUUCCUUCCUUCCUUCCUUCCUUCCUUCCUUCCUUCCUUCCUCUCUCUCUUUCUCUUUCUUUCAGAAUUCCAUCACUUUUCUAUUUUAUCUGGAAAAAAUGAAUAGGAAUAUAUAGUGGACUGUGGCUUAAUUGAUAUAGGAAAUUACAGAACUCCCUCUGUUAAUGAAGGUUGUGACCUUGCAAUUUAGAGUCUUAAAGAAUUGCCCAGUAACUUUAGAGUAACUUGCCCAGGGUCACGCAAUCAGUAUGUGUCAGAGCCAGGAGUUUAUCCCAGAUCUUCCAAGCUCCUACUAUAACUUUGCAGUAUGCCAUAUUGCCACACCUUAGGCACCUUGAAGGAAUAAAGUUAGGAAUUAGAUUUAUUGUCCUUUCUUCAGGAUUUUCUUUCUCAGAGAGUAGGAAGGAAACUUUAUUUAUACUAGACUUCUGGGAAGGGCUAAGGGUCAUGUCUGAUAGGGUUAAAAAAAAUUGGCUUCACUGAUAUAAUUCAUACCCACCCAAAAGAGUUUUCCACCCAUCUUGGGUAGUGUCAGGAUUUCAUAAGAAUAGGAGAGUUUACCCUCCUUCCCAUACCCGACUUUCCUUUAACUGGGACAAAAUAUUUCCCAAUAUGAUUAUAGAAAUAUGGCUUAAAAUGCAAAACAAAACAAAAAACCCCCCAAACUUAUCAGUAUAUAAAAUCUAAAUUGACAUUUAAGGUAUAAGUCAUCGGUAUUAGAUUUUUUAAUGAGUAUAUGAUAAUAGGAAGAAGGGUGAGAAUGAAACAAAGGGAACCUGUAGAUGGGGGUGGUGCUUUGAAAUUUAAUAGCUAAAAAAUACCAAGUAUGUUCCUAAGUUAGAAGUAGGCAAUGAGGAAGAAUACAAGAUUCUGUAAAAAUAUUAGGAAUGCUAAUGCCCACUCUCCCCACCCCCAAAGUAGAUCUAAUGAAUGUUCACUUCAUAUGUAAAAUUAUGAGGAUGGGCUAAAUGACCUCCAUCUCUGUUAGGACUAUCUCUAUAAGCCAAGUACCUGGGAAUGGUGAUGGGGUGGGUGGGGGAGUGGUGCAGGGGGAAUGGCCACCGAAAAAUGAGAGUAGGAACACUGAAGACAAACAUCCCUUUUUCUCCAAUCUGGCCAUCUUCAAGAUUUGGGUAAUUGAAUGAAUACAGAUUUGAGUUAAUAUUUCUGAUCUGAAGUACAAUCUCAUAAGGACAGCUAGGUAGUGUAGUGGAUAGAGCACUGGCCCUGAAGUUAGGAGGACCUGAGUUCAAAUCUCACCUCAGGUACCUAGUAGCUGCGUGACUCUGGGCAAGUCAUUUAAGCUUAGUUGCCUUAAACAGUCACCCCAAUAUAUAUCUUGCUACUGGACCCAGAUGGCUCUGGAGGAGAGAGUUAGGUUGGUGACCUUGCACAGCCCUCCCUCACUUAAAUCCAAUUCACUGCAAGUCAUGACAUCACUCAAUGUCAUGGUCUUCUUUGAGAAUGAAGGACAACAACAACAACAAUCUCAAUCUCAUGUCAGAGAUUUAAGCAUUGCUAACCCAACCUCUGAGCCAAUUGACAUAAUGAACAACUUGAAUUAUGGUUUACUACUGUGGCAUUUUUGUGUAACGGACCUUGGCCUUCCAUUUGACAGGAUGUAGUUGACCUGAUGGGAUUCUGACAGGACCUGGAAUGGGAGAAAAUCAUAACAAUUGGUCUAGAGGGGGAAAUCCAUAUUUGGGGCAAGGGGAAAUUCAGAGGGCUUUAAACCCAAUGCUCCAGAUAAUUCUUUUGUCAGUCAAUGAGCAUUUAUUAUGAAUUAUGUGCCAGAUACUGUGCUAAUCCCUAAAGACUCAAAGAAAGGUCAAGACAAAAUAAAACAAUCUCUGCUUUCAUACUCAAAUGGGGAAAACAACAUGCAAAUUACUGUUUGUACAAGCAGUGGAGGGUAGAAAAGGUCUUCUGCAGAAGGUGGGAUAUGAGAUGGGUCUUAAAAGAAUCCAAAGAAUCCAGGAGGCAGCUAUAAGGAAGGAGAGCAUUAGAGACAUGACAGACAUGAAAAGAUGUGAUUCAGGAGAUGGAAUGCCUCUAUAAGAAAGAAUAAGAAGCUCAAUGUCCUUGAACCAUGUAAAUGGAAAUAAGCAAAGUUUCAGAAGAGUAGAAAGGUCUUAGGAAAGGGCCAGAUUAUGAAGGGCUUUAAAAGUCAAGCAGAGGAUUUGAUUCUGAAGGUAAUCAGGAGUCAGUGGAGUUUAUUAAGUAAAGUGACAUAAUCUACAAUUUUUUUUAAAUCACCUUGGGCAACUAAGUAGAGGAUGGAUUGAAGUAAAGUGAGACUUGCAUCAGGGAGGCCAACUAAAAGGAUAUUGCAAUAGUCCAAGCAUGAAGUGGAAUGAGAGAUUGGGCCAGGAUAGGAACAAAGUGAGCAGAGAGAAGGGGAUGUAUACAAGAAAUGUUGUGAAGGUGGAAAUGGCAAGAUAUGAAAAAAGAUAGGCAUAUAUGAAGUAAGUUCAAGAGAUGACAGUAAAGUUGUGAGUCUGGGUGACUCAAAAUGAUGGUACCUAGACAAUAAUAAAGGAGUUCAGAAGAGGGGAGCCUUGGUAUAGAGUCAGGAGAGAAAAAUCAUAUUUUUUUUGGACAUAUUGGAUUUGAAAUGGUCAUGAGACAGCUAACCCAAGAUAUCUAAAAGGAGGUUGGUGAUACAAGACCAGAACUUGGGAGAGAGCUUAAGGAUGGGUAGCUGACUGUCAUCUACAUAGAGACAGUUGAGCUCAUGAGAAGUGAUGAAAUCGCCAAGCAAGAGAGCAUACAGCAAUAGAGCAAUAGAGGACCCAGAUCAGAGCUAUGGGGUAUAGCUUUGAUUAGUGGGUAUGACAUGGAUGAAGAACCAAUAAAUAAGACUAUGAGAAGAACCAGAGAAGAGCAGUGUCAUAAAAACAUAGCGAGGAGAGAGUAUUCAGAAGAAGGAUAUAAUCAAUAGUGGCAGAUUACAAGAGGUGUCAAGAAGGAUGAGUAUUAAGAAAAAGCCAUUAAAUUUAGCAGUUAAGAGACUACUGAUAACUUUGGAGAGAGCUGUUUCAGUUGAAUGAUGAUACUUGAGGCCCGGUUGCAGGAGGCUUAUUACAGAAAGGAAAAGAAGUGCAAGCAAUGAGUAUAAGUCAUUUUCUCAAAGAGUUUAGUGAGAAAGAAUGAAAAAUUUAUGACAUUAUCUAGCCAGGAUGGUAGUAUCAGAGGAGAUGGUGGGUUCUUUUAAAGGAUGAAGGAGACAUUGGCAUAUAUGUGAGCAGCAGGAAAGAAACCAAUAGAGAGAAAUUAAAGAUGAAAGAGAAUAAGGAUAGUGGGAACAAUCUGUGGUAGAAAACAAGAUGGGAUGGAAUCACAGGUGCAUGUACAUGUUCACCUUUCAAGAAGAAGGUUCAACUCUUCAUGUGUAACAAGGGUGAAGGAGGAAAUAGUAGGGGUAACGUUUGAGUGAUGUGAGAUGAAGGGGGUGAGAGGGAGGUCUCAGUGAACAACCUAGAUUUUUUUCAAUGAAGUAUGAGACAAUGUCUUCAACUGAGAGAAUGGGAGGGGGGCAGGUAGGUGGCACAGUGGAUAAAGCACCAGCCCUGGAUUCAGGAGGACCUGAGUUCAAAUCCUGCCUCAGACACUUGACACUUACUAGCUAUGUGACCCUGGGCAAGUCACUUAACCCUCAUUGCCCUGCAAAAAAAAAAAAAACCCAAAAAACAAAAAAAACAAAAACAAAAAGAGAGACUGGAAGGAGGUGUGCCUUGGGAGGCUUGAGGAGAGACAAAAGGUGUUUGGAACAGCACUAUGAUAAGUGGGACAGUAAAUCAGUUAGAUGGGUAUAACAUCAUCACCUUUCUGAAGGGAGAGCUAGGUGAGAUUGUGCAGCAUAAGUUUGUAAUAGAUCCAGUCAGCAUCAUUUCAUAAUUUCUCCAUCUACAUUCAGCAGCAUGGAAAUAGGAGAGAAAGCAUCAUAUGGAGGAAUAACUCAACACUGUGGUUUGAAAGGUAUGAUUGGUAAUAUAGGACAAGGGACCAAGGGAUCUGAGGAUAGAGGAUAGUAUAUAGUCAAGCUGGUUUACCAAGGGAUGGAGAUACCUAAGAGGAAAAGUUUAAACAGUGACAAGGUGAUAUCCUGGGAAAGAACUGAGAAAUGGAGGCAUUAGAGGUAAAAGUGAGGACCUCCAAAGAAAGAACUGAUAUUUAUGGAACAGACUGAAGCAUGCUAUUUUUCACUUCUUCCUUUUUUUCUUUUAAUCAAGUUUGCUUGUAUAAAAUGACAAAUAUGGUAAUACUCUGCAUAAUC